AUGGCAAGUGGGAAGGCCUUAAAUCAUGAACUUUCUAAACUUUUCAAUGAAAUGUGGAAUGUGGAUGUUAACCGCCUUACCCCUGGGAAAGACUACACCAUUGAUGUGCAGAGAAAAGCGGGUCCCGCACAGCAGGGUGACAGUGCUGUCCAGGACAGUGCAGCCAGACAUCUGUUUCAGAAUGUAAAUGAAGAUUACCUGAAGAGCAUAAAAACAUUUGCAACUUUUAUUUCCUUAUUGGACAACUAUGAGACAUCAACUGGUGUAGCAGAAGUAGUGACGCCAGAAGAAAUAGCUGAAAACAAUCAUUUUCUUGAUGCUGUUUUAGCGACACAAGUCAUGAGGAUGACUCAUGAAUAUCUGCUUAAAAAAAGCCUAGCAAAGCCAAACCUUGUUGACUUCAAACAUCAGCUCUAUGACAUCUGGUUCCAGCUCUAUGCCAGGAAGGAAAGAGACAGACCUGAUUCUUGCGGUUUUGAACAUGUUUUUGUUGGAGAAACAAGGCAUGGUAAACAGAUACUAGGUUUGCACAACUGGGUGCAAUUUUACCUUCAGGAAAAGUACAGUCAAAUUGACUACAAGGGAUAUGUCGCUCGGAAGAACAAAACCAGGCUAAGCACAAGGACACCUGACCAUGAUGACCAAGUUUUGAGCAUCCAGUUCAGCUGGAAGGGUUCAGUCAAGCCAAUUGGAAGCACCUUCACUGGUGUCAGCCCAGAGUUUGAAUCUGCCCUUUACACUGUCAUUUUCCUGCUGGAUAAAGAAAAAGUCACACGUGAAACUGUGAAGAUAGAUGAAUAUGAGCUACAGAUCGUUGUUUGGCGCCAUGGGCACCACACUGGAACAGCAUAUCCAGUACUCCUCAGGACCAGUAGUGGAGACUAG